GGGGGGGGGGAAGGCAACCCUUAUUAUGAUUAGUAUCUUUUUCCCCAGUAACUCAUUGUCAAACAGCUGUGUUUACAUUCUGAUCAUCAUUUGUCCUUUCUGGGCCUGUUGGGCGCUUUGAUUUGAUUUGAUUCUUGCAACCCAAUUUUCAAAAUGGGGUUUUGAUGAGCAAGGGAAGACACGGAGACAUUGAAUUGGAAAUGUCUUUGAAGAGCAGGGGAGGAGAGCUGGCUUCAAGAAGUGCAAUUUCUAAAAAAUGGACACUUUUUCUUUGCUUAAGUAGCUUCUGUGCUGGAAUGUUCUUCACCAAUAGGAUGUGGACCAUUUCUGAAUUGCAAGGGACUGCAACAGCUACAGGUGAAGAUGAAGGUCUGAAGUUAGGUUCAGAUGACUGCAAUGCAGAAUAUCCAAAAGGUGUGAAGUUAUCUAAAGAGAUUUUUGGAGAAGUUUCUAAAACACAUCAUGCUAUUCAGACACUCGACAAAACAAUAUCAAAUCUGGAAAUGGAGUUGGCUGCAGCAAAGGCAGCUCAGGAGUCAAUUCUAGGUGGCUCCCCUAUGUCAGAGGACAAUAAGACUGAUUCAUCCAGAAGAAAAUAUUUUAUGGUUAUAGGAAUCAAUACUGCGUUUAGCAGCAGACAAAGAAGAGAUUCAGUUCGUGCUACAUGGAUGCCACAAGGCGAAAAAAGGAAGAAGUUGGAAGAAGAGAAAGGAAUCAUCAUUCGUUUUGUCAUUGGCCAUGGUGCAACAUUAGGUGGUAUACUUGACAAUGCCAUUGAAGCUGAAGAUAAGAUGCAUGGAGAUUUCUUGCGACUGGAUCAUGUUGAGGGGUAUCUUGAGUUGUCCGCUAAGACAAAGACUUACUUCUCCACUGCUGUUAAGCUAUGGAAUGCAGAGUACUACAUCAAAGUUGAUGAUGAUGUUCAUGUAAAUAUAGGAACACUAGGAGAAAUAUUAGUGAGACACCGCAAAAAACCACGUGUGUACAUAGGGUGCAUGAAAUCUGGUCCCGUCCUUGCACAGAGGGGAGUAAGGUACCAUGAACCAGAAUACUGGAAAUUCGGGGAUAGUGGAAACAAGUAUUUUCGCCAUGCCACGGGGCAAAUAUAUGCCAUUUCAAAAGACUUGGCCACAUAUAUUUCAGUACACCAGCAUGUGCUGCACAAAUAUGCUAACGAGGAUGUUUCACUGGGAUCUUGGUUUAUUGGGCUUGAUGUGCAUCACAUUGAUGACAGAAGAUUAUGCUGUGGGACUCCUCCUGAUUGUGAAUGGAAGGCUCAGGCGGGCAACAUUUGUGUUGCUUCAUUUGAUUGGACCUGCAGCGGGAUAUGCAGGUCAGUCGGGAGGAUAAGAGAGGUCCACGAACGUUGUAGGGAGGACGAGAAAGCUUUGUGGAACGCUGUAUUCUGAAUACAGGCUGCAGCGUCGAGCAAUCAUGCCUGCAACUCUCUUUACCACGUUAGGAUACAGAAACUACGUAUACAUCGAUACACCACAAGAGAUAGGGAAAUGGAUAGCAGAGAAGGGAACAUAGAUGACAAAUUGUUAAGCGUGUUCAUUGUAUUGUAAGUCCGUUAGUGUUCCCUUCUUUACACAAUCUUAUAAAUGCAUAUGAAAAUCUUGUUGCUUUUCCAGUUUCCCCACUAUCUAUCUGACAAAGAUGAAAAGAAAA